GUCUGAUAAACAUGAUCUUUUGUGAAAUGAAUAGCACAGUGUUCUGUUAAAAAUAUAUUUAUGAUUUAAAUAUUAAUUAAUUUAACAUAAUGAUUGUAAAUAAUAGAUUAUUAACAAUGAACCUAUUGCACAGUAUUAGGAGAUUUCAUUGUUCAAAAAUUGAGAAAUCAGCAUAUGAAGGAAGUGGUAAAUCGACAAUAAAUAUUAUUAAUGUUGCUGGCCCCAAAUUGUUUAUAACUUCAUGUUCAUCUAUAGGAUUCAAAUUAAAUAAUAAUUCAACAUUAGUGGGUCCAUUGGCAAUUUUUCCAACAACUUUUUUGUGUUGGAACAUUGCUUCUGGGAAAGAUAUAAAUAAUGCAAGUUUAUCUUUAUUUACCAUCAUUGAACCAAAAUUAGAUGUAUUAGUCUUAGGUAUUGAAACUAAAUAUGAUUUUAAAAGAAUUUUGGAACUAAAGAAACUAGUUGGUGAAAAGAAUAUCAGUGUUGAAAUACUGCCUACUGAUCGAGCAUGUGGUGUAUAUAAUUUCCUCUGUGAGGAAGGUAGACAUGUUGCAGCUGGUUUAAUACCACCAUUACCGGAAGAGACUCUUACCUACAAAAAAUUAACAGCUACUAUGAGAUCUAUUGGAAAUGAAAAAUUGAUAACAUCUGAAUAAUUUAGACAGUAAAAUUGUAUAUAGGAUUAUAUUUGAAAUAAACAUUAAUACACAUGGAUAUUCAGUAAACUAAUAUUUAU